AUGCCCGUUGAAUUUGCUGCCUCGUAUCUCAAGCAUGAUGCAGAGGCAGUCAAAGCUGAAAAGAAGAUCCUCGACAAACUCAAGAAAAUCGAGGCGUCCGUACACACAAUGAGACAGUACUACUAUCCUUCACCUGUCAAUGCAAAGCUCGGAGAGAUUCCAAAGUCCAUUCUGGAGCGAGAGCGAGAGCCGUUGGAGGAGUUCAAGAACUGGAAGGACGCGAAGAAUCCUCUGGCAAGACUUCCAGCUGAGAUACAGUCCAAGAUCUGGUCUUGCCUUGAUGAACCGGCCGAUAGACUGAUGCUCGCACUCACGUGCAUCCACCAUGCUGAAACAUUCGAGGACCUCAAAUCCAGCAAGCAUCAGGCCAAGGCGAUUGAGGCCACUUCAAGCAAGUCAUCAUCUAAGAAGCGAAAGGCAUUGACCCCUGUUAAAGAAGAAGGACCUUCGAAGAAGCCACGCAAAAUGCCACCCAAGAAACCAACCAAGUCAGAACUUGUUCCGAUCUUACAGCGACUGCAGGACUGGACCCCAAUGCAGAAGUACAAGCUUUGUUACUUCUGUCUCAGAUUCAAGCUCAGGAAUGUUACCUGUGAUAUGAUUAGCUUUGCGGAGAAAGGCAGCUGGGGUGGCGGAGAUCUGGUGCAUGAGACUCGGAAGAUCACGCCCAGGAUUCUCACCCAGAUGAUCACGGCCGGGUAUCGUUGCCCAACUUGUUGCGUGUACAAGCAUCUCCAGACACAAGAGGACCAGCAAACUCAUAAGGAGAACAAGAAACGCUUGGCCAGUUUGAACUGA